AUGAGCCAGCGUUUGCCGGAUACCAAAGAGGCCAUGUUACAAAUACCGCACGUUACCGAGGCAAACUUUGCUAAAUAUGGCAAAGCGCUAUUGAACAUUACGCAGAAAUACGCGGCGGAAAAAACAGCUAUGUUGCUCGAAAACGACACGACGACGACCGGGAUCAAGUGUACAUUCACGUCGUCUGACAUAGAAGAUAACGAUAGUAUUGACACACAUGGCGUAAAACGAAAGAUCGACGAUAGAUUGACGGAUAAUAUUUUCAGAAAAACAUCCAAACGAGCUGCUGGUGGCUCAACAAGGGCACGCAGAGGAAAAAACUCCACGUCGACGACAUCCACGAGAGAGGAUUAAUGAAUAUGGUAUUCU